CCGCCAUGCAGCUUCAACUUCAACUGAGCGCAGACAAGUCAGCCUAUAGCAAUCAUGAGGCCGUGUCCGGCGAACUGGUUCUGCGUAGCGCCAUCCCUGUACAGAUAUCUGGAAUCGUUAUCACUCUGAAAGGCACCACAAGGUCAUCGCUGAAAGACGGACGACUUGUCGAGCGGCAUGAGCUCUUUCGCCGACGGCAACGAGUGUUUCCUCCCCCAGUCAUUGCCCAGCUUCCUGGUCAUUCCGGCUCAACGGUCGGCGCAGGUACUCAUCGCUUUCCGUUUUCAAUUCCCGUGAGUUUGUGACCUGGAAGGUUCUGCGAGGAAACUGGGCAGUUUAUCCAAAACUGACGAGUAUCCAGUUCUCUCAAGUCUCAGAAUGUUACAAAACGGAGAAUGGCGAGGAGCCGGAGGUGACCUGUGCCGGCAUCCGGUGCCCUCAACAUCCAACCAUGCACCUUCUGCGACGGCUCCCUCCAUCAACGGGUACGAUUGGAACUUCUGGUGAGAUAGAAUAUAGCCUGGACGCAGAAGUGACACCCGCAGGACGUUUCCAGCGGCGUGAGAGAACAAGCUGUACUAUCGUUCUCCAGCCUCUUUCUGAAUCUCUUCCUCUGCAGCCACCUUCUAAACAGAUCCAAUCAGCAACACUAGGCCCAGAGAUCCUAGGAUCAGCUCAGCCCGUCUCGUUUCACGUCGAGGCGCGUUUAGCACAAGG